UUUUUGCCAGGGACGGGUGUUCUGAAGCAAAAAUAGAAGUUCCCUUUCCUUUCUGGACUAUCAACAAGGAGCUUUCCCUCUCCGGACUCCGGAGUGGUAAAAUCCCGCAUAUGAUAUCGUAAAAAGGAAUCGAAGAACUCGAGAACUGGAUUGAUCGACCAGUUCUGGCGUAGAAUGCAUCGAUUAAGGAGUUACGGAACCUCAAUUUUUGGACCUCUGGCCAUGCCUCGCUUGAGAAGGAAGGCUUUGAACUCUUGGUCUGCUGUUCAGGACACCUAUUUUUCGACCAAAGACAUUUUUGAGAGACACAGGGUGGUAUUUACAAUCUCAACUUCUUUAGCAUCAAUUGCUACUGCAUGGGUUGGUUAUUCUCUUAGAUACCUUCAUCAAGCUAAAGUUGAGGAAAGGCUCGAGUCAAUUGAAAAGGCUAUGAAAAAAAACUAUCAUAUUGAACAUGCUGAAAUAAAGAAGAUUGUUGGUUCAGGAAGCAUCAGUACUACAACUUGCAUUGCCACUGCAGGAACCUCUUUGAUUAUUGGGUAUGGCUUGGGUUGGCGAGGUGGAAAAUGGUACGCAAAUAGGAAGUUCCGAAGGGAGCAAAUGAAAUUGUUGGGGCAGAUAAAGCCUAAAAGGUGGCAAUUCCAAUUCCUAAGAAGACCAUAUUCAAAAACCAGAUUAACAGAAAGUUCAACUAGAAAUUCUGAAGCCAUGCACAACGGGUUUACUACCACUCUUGGUUCCCGGCAAGCCCCACAGUCAUGCUGAGAGUUAUGGUGUUUGCCUUUUGUAAUUGUUUGGAGGGAGAGGGGUGGUUAAUAAAUUUACUGAAAUACAACUAGUCCUUAUACCCUUUUAACAGGUGUGUCAACCUGUGGCCUUGCACUAGGAAACUAAUUCAUUGUAGUAUGCUCCCAUAAAACAAAAAUUCAGUUAAAAUUUCUUGUUUGCUUUAGUCAAUUGUCACAAACCGGAAAUGUUUACAAUAAUGAAAACAAUGGAGUUGAAGAUUCUUGGGCCUAGA